ACAUUGUUGUUUGCAAAAUUCAUUUGGAUGUCGUAUAAAGUGUAAGAUAAGCAAACGAAUCUAUUGAACUUAAUUUGUGACACUGUGAUCAAAAAUGCCGCGAACGAAACAUGUUCAGAAAUCGAAACGGAAACAGCAACCUAUGGAAGAGAGAGAUCUAUUAAUGCAAGAUUUUGGACGACAGGCCCAUUUGCAAAUUUUAAAAAUGGAAGAAGAGGGAAAAAUGGCGAUAAAAAGUUUUGAAACUUUUGUUGACGUUACUUUAUCACGGCUUCCAAUGGAAAUACGAAACAUGACCCUUGGUGAGCUACUCAACAUCGACAUCGACGAUCAAAAAGAGAAUUGUAACAACAAUUUGUUGUCAGUUGAUAACUGUUUGUUACCACGGGUUUCGAGAAUAAAAAAAGAGAAGGAAUUCACAAAAAGGAUCACUGCUGCUUCUGAUGAUGGAUAUGUAACUGAAGGAAUAGCCACAACGCAUAUAUCAACAAAUAAAAAGGGUACUAAACUGUCUGCAAACAGAAGAACACGUAGCAGUUCAAGGAAUAGCAAAAUUAAAUUUAGUGAAAUUAAUGAGAAUAUUGUAAAGAAAACUGUAAAGAAAUCUGUUAAGGAAUCUAUGAAAUUUGAUAAAUUUAAAACCCCUGCACCUGUGAAGCCUGGGAAUAAUGAAUAUGGUCUUGUGACUCCAAAAGUCAAACCCAACACACCAUUAAAUGUAUUAAGACGUCCACGAGAAGGAGAAAUGGUUCUUAGCAUGCAAGGUAGUCCCUUAUUAGUUUCUACAGAUAUUCAGCAAAAUGUUGCCAACGUUAAUGUGCCUCUGAGUAAUGGCAAUAUAGUAUCAUUGUUACCUACAUAUGGACUACGUAUGUCACAGAUUCCUGUGUUAGAUUCUGAAACCAUGCAACAACUGAAAACUUUAAAAAGUCAUAUUGAAAAAGUUAUCUCUUCAAAAUAAUAAUUGUUCUUAUAAUGUAUUUUAUAUUUAAUUGACUGAUUGAUCAAAACGUGUUUUAAAUACUUUGUUACAACUUUAUUGUAAGUAAUAUUGAUGAAAUAAAUGGCAGUAUAUGUUCAUUUGAUAUUUAAACAGCAGAGUUUGUAUGUGAUAAUGCAUAUGUAGCAUAUUGACUCUUACCUAGCCAGAAUCAAAUCAUUUUGUCUCAAUAUUGGCAUGUUGCAUCAUUUGUAAUCAUGCGAUCGAC